UGUCUGGAAAUGACCACGAAGCGGAAGCUGAUUGGCCGGCUGGUGCCGUGCCGUUGUUUCCGCGGUGAAGAGGAAGUGAUCUCGGUGUUGGACUACUCUCACUGCAGCCUGCAGCAGGUCCCCAAAGAAAUCUUCAGCUUCGAGAGAACUCUGGAGGAGCUCUACCUCGACGCCAACCAGAUCGAGGAACUACCCAAGCAACUCUUUAACUGCCAGGCCUUGAAGAAGCUGAGCAUGCCGGAUAACGACCUGUCCAACCUGCCCACCACCAUCGCCAGCCUGGUCAACCUCAAAGAGCUGGACAUCAGUAAAAAUGGUAUCCAGGAGUUUCCAGACAAUAUAAAAUGCUGUAAAGGUCUGUCUGUGGUGGAGGCCAGUGUCAACCCUAUCACCAAACUCCCUGAUGGAUUCACGCAGCUCCUGAAUCUGACCCAGCUCUUCUUAAACGAUGCCUUCCUGGAGUAUCUGCCGGCGAACUUUGGCAGACUCUCCAAACUACGGAUCCUGGAGCUGAGAGAGAACCACCUGAAAACCAUGCCAAAGUCUAUCCACAGACUGACACAGUUGGAAAGGUUGGAUCUGGGUAGCAACGAAUUCUCUGAAGUGCCAGAGGUGUUGGAGCAAAUCCACAACCUAAGGGAGCUGUGGCUGGAUAACAACUCUCUACAGUCUAUACCAGGGUCGUUAGGGAAGCUCCGUCAGUUGCGAUACCUGGACUUAGCUAAGAAUCGAAUUGAGACGUUGGACACGGAUGUUUCAGGCUGUGAGUCCUUAGAGGACCUGCUGCUGUCCUCCAACAUGCUGCAGCACCUCCCUGACUCUAUAGGUGAUCUGUCUCUGUUGGAGGAGUUGGACUGUAGUUGUAAUGAGUUGGAGUCGUUGCCUCCCACCAUCGGGUACCUGCACAGCCUGAGGACCUUUGCUGCCGACGAGAACUUCCUCUCAGAGCUGCCCCGGGAGAUCGGUAACUGUAAGAAUGUGACGGUAAUGUCGCUGCGGUCCAACAAACUGGAGUUUCUACCUGACGAGAUCGGACAGAUGACCAAACUACGAGUUCUUAAUCUGAGUGACAACAGGUUAAAGAAUCUACCGUUUACCUUCACUAAGCUGAAGGACCUGGCAGCUCUGUGGCUUUCCGACAAUCAGUCCAAGGCUCUGAUCCCUCUGCAGACAGAAGCCCACCCAGAAACCAAACAGAAGGUUUUGACCAACUACAUGUUUCCUCAGCAACCACGACACGAUGAGGAUUACCAGUCAGACACUGACAGCUUCAAUCCCACUCUGUGGGAGGAGCAGAGGCAGCAGAGGAUGACCGUGGCUUUCGACUUCGAGGACAAGAAAGAAGAGGAGGACAACUCUGGGAAGGUCAAGGUGGAGAUCAACCUGAAGCGCUACCCAACACCUUACCCUGAGGACCUGAAGAACAUGGUCAAGUCAGUGCAAAGCCUUGUGGGUAAAAGCGUACAUGCCGGACACGGGCACCAGCACCAGCAUCAGCAUCAGCACCAGCAUCAGCACCCACAUCAGCACCAGCACCAGCUGAGCACAGGCACUGCCACCUCGGCAGGAACCAACAUGGAACACACGCACCUCAGCAAAGAACCGUACGAGCCACCGUGGCCGCUACCACCUAAAGAGGUGACAGACAGAGAGAUGCAGGACUUCUCUCAGUCUCAGCUCAUGGAUCAGGGAUCAAUGCAUAACUCCGGCAUCGACAUUCCCAAAAGGAAAGACAAAGAGGAUCUGACAGAGAGCUCAGAGGACUCGAUGGGCGGCUCCCCCAACGACAUCCGCAUCUCUGACAUGAGGCCCACGCUGGUGGAGCCGCCGAUGUACAAACCAAAGGUGGUGCUGCUGGGCAAAGACAAGAAAGAAUCUACCGAUGAGGAGAUGGAUAAGCUCCAUUGUCUGAACCACAGCGGCUCCUCGGCCACCUACUCCGACUACUCCCCCUCACAGGGCUCCUCGGGCUCCUCCAACCCUCCCGCCAACGCACACUCACACACACACUCUCACGCACACGCACACCCGCACCCGCACCCGCACCCUCACCCGCACAAUCACCCUCACCCUCCCGCUCUGCCGGCCCCCAGCAAGGACCAGGCCCCUCAAACGCACUGGACCAACAGACUGGCUCAAUCAUUCCCCAAACCCAUUGAUUCCAAGCCCCUGCUAUCUCAGAGAGAAACCCCUCCAUCGGGAACCCUGCAGCAGCGUGGGGAUCGACGCCCACUCAGCGAGCCCUUCGACUGGGCUGAGGCCCCUCACUACGACAACACAGGUUUUGAUGCCGAGGAGUCUCCUAUGGACCCUUCGUCGUCCGGUACAAGUCAGGGAAACCCUCCGCUGGGCUCCAAGCCCCGCAGCCAGUCGACACAUGGACGCCGCCCACUCCUCAGGCAAGAACGAAUUGUAGGAGUUCCUCUGGAGCUGGACACCCAGACGCUGCCCUACCACAGCAAUCAACGUGCCCCCCCGGACAAUGACCCACAAUCCUCUGGACCUUCCCAGAAUCCUUGGCAGAAUUGGACUCGAACUCCGAGCCCGCUGGAGGACAGGACCGCUUUUCCGUCCAAACUGGACCUGACACCCACCUCCAGCCCAAACCCCGACCGCAAGGAUAGGCUGGACCAAGGAGGAGGGCCUUUGCCUGGCAGCUGGACGUACCACGACAAUCAGGGUGAGCAGAACAGGAAGGAUCAGCUCAGCGUCAGCGGGGGCAACAAGGUGACGGUGGUGAUGAGCAAAAGCUCCGACCGGCUGUCCCCCAUGAUGAAAGAGACGAGGUCCAAGUUCAAGAAGUCACAGAGCAUUGACGAGAUUGAUAUUGGCUCUUAUAAGGUCUACAGUAUUCCCAUGGACAGCUACAGUUCUUCCAUAGAGCAGCAGACCAGUUUGGACCGUCAGGAUCUAUCCGGGUCUAUGGAACAGACUAGCAUGGCUCGAUCACAAUCUGCCCCCAUGUUAGAUGAUGAGCUGGGCUUCCCCGGACAUGGAGGCGGCAACCAGAACCAACUAGGACAAAACCAAAAACCUGCCAUCCCACAUAAAGCCUACCACUUCGACCAGAACUACAAUCCCCAGGUGACCAUGGACCGUCGGGUCCCUCCUCCCUUCCCCAACACACCGGAUUACGUCAACCACGCAUCCAAGGCCUUGGAGUACAUAAACCAACCAGGGAAGACGUUACCGAAGGAGUUGGUGAGCCCUCGGUAUCGUGCGUAUCCACCGCUGGAAAUGUUUUCUUUCCCCCAAUCACCAAUCAGCCAGGAUGGACCGCCCAGCCAGCAGCAGCAGCCAAUCCCAACACAGCGCUCCAGGCCAGGGUUUCUAAGGAGAGCGGAUUCGCUGGUGAGCUCCACAGAGCUCGCCUUGUUCCGCAGAGUCCAUGAAGCCCAGCAGGAGGCGUUGCAGGAGGCUCAGUACAGACAGCAGGCGGACCCCCCUCACUACAGUCGGGCUCUUGCCUACUCCAGCCCCAUGGAGCACUCCGCUCUCACCAACAUGGCCGACAGCCAGAGCCAGAUGCUGCACAACAAGAGAAACGGUCGCUAUGACGACGACUAUCCCACCUACCAGGAGCAGAAGAAGCCCAUGAUUGGUUACCCGACCAAGAGCCUGACUCAGCGACGCCCCCUCUCUGCAAGGAGCUACAGCACUGAGACCUACGGAGCAUCUCAGGCCCGUCCAGUGUCAGCUCGUCCCACCAUGGCUGCCCUGCUGGAGAAGAUGCCUCCUGACUACACCCUGGCAACCUGCCCAGAGAAACCACUUGAUGACACCAUCAAAGUAAGACCUGUGGUGCCACAGAAACCCGAAGACAUCACCUCCAAGAUGCCUGCAGACUGGAGGCAACAGCUACUCAGGCACAUAGAGGCCAAACGAUUGGACAGGACACCCUCUCAGCAAGCCGCCAUGCUGGAUAAUGACCAGGAGGGGGUGUCAGGGAGCAACCAGUGGGCUCCC